UUCACUCAACCCAAUCCUUCUCUACAAAACCAUCCCAUUCCUCUCACUUUAAUAAAAAUGAAGUUCACCGUCGCUGCUACCGCUCUUGCUCUUGCCACCGCUGUCUCUGCUCUCCCUCAAAUCCCUUGUGCUAAGGAAUAUGUUGCUAAGCCUGGUGACACCUGCAAGUCUGUUGCUGAAGCCCACAAUGCUUCCGUCCAAGAUUUCUACAAGUGGAACGCCCCUGUCAAGAACAUUGACUGUGGUGCUCUCACUGAAGGUGAAAAGUUCUGUGUCAAGCUCAACACCAAGCUCUCCAAGAGAAACUGGUUCUACAAGACCAAGGGUCUCACUGGUAGCAAGUUAGCUCUCGCUAAGAAGAAGAUUGCUUCUGCUAAGAAGGCCAAGAAGACCAACAAGAAGACCACCAAGAAGUCUAACAAGAAGACCACCAAGAAGUCUAGCAAGAAGACCACCAAGAAGACCACCAAGAAGACCACCACCACCACCAAGAAGACCUCUGGUAAGGCCACUCAAUCUCGCCCUGGUGAUAACUGGAGCUCCACUCCCGCCAGCGCUCCUUCCAACGCUGUUAGACACAUCAUCUCCACCUGUAACAAGUACUCCACUGUUAAGUCCAGCGACUCAUGGUGUGAACCCUUCGCUAAGAGAAACGGCAUCACCUCCGCUCAACUCUACUCUUGGAAUGCUGGUCUCCACAGCUCUGGUAAGCACGUCUGUGACAACCUCGAUGACGGUAAGGCCUACUGUGUCGGUAUCAAGAACUAAAUAAGCAACAUCUUGUACUUCUAAAUGGAAACAAAUAAACCAUUUCAUUCAAUAAACUGCAUAUUAUAGAACUAAAA